AUGACCGAUCAAAAUGUUUUCCAGCCGACGCAGUCGACCAAGACACAAUCCAGCCAUGUUGCUACUGCUUCAAUGGAUGAGACCCGAGAAAGAAGUCGAGCGUUGAACCAGAAGCUAGAUUUCGCUCUUCUUCCUCUGCUGUCUCUCCUGUACCUCUUCAAUGGCCUUGACAGGGGCAACGUUGGCAAUGCCGAAACACAAGGUACAACAACUACCCUCCUCAGUUUUAUUUUGUGGUGCUCAGUCAAAGGGCUCGGAUUUACUACCGACAUAGGGGCAGAACCUGAUGAUCUUAAUGAGGCCGUAUCCUUGUUCUUUGUUACCUUUGUUGUCCUCCAGCCUGUUUCUGCCGCCGCUGGCCGUUACAUUGGUGCUAAACAUUGGAUCCCAUUUCUGAUGGCAAGUCAACAAUUUGGUUGGGGUGUAGUGACUAUCGGCCAGGCUUUUAUUAAAGGACGUGAGGCACUCAUUGCUACACGCUUGCUCAUUGGAGCCUUCGAGGCGGGAUUUUAUCCAACAGCUGUGGCAUACCUAUCAUUCUUCUAUCCACGAUAUGAUUUCUGUGUCAGACUUGCCCUUUUCUAUGGACAAUACGCAAUUGCUGGCGCCUUCUCCGGCUCAAUAUCAUACGGAAUCUUCCACCUCCGUGGCGGCCGCCUCAAGAACUGGCAGUACCUAUUUCUAAUUGAAGGGACGCUGACUUGUUUCUUUGCUAUCGUUGCCUGGCUAUGGCUACCGAAAGGUCCUGGUUCUGCCUGGUUCCUUCGACCAGACGAACGAGAGUUUGCCGUCGAACGAAUGAAACAAGAUAACGCCGAAUUUGUCGAGCACGAGUACAGUGAAGAUGGGAUAGAAAAGAAUCGGUUGAGCAAGAGGGACUUUAUCGAAACGCUCAAGGACUGGAAGCUUUGGACUGUCCUGGUGCUCAACAUCUGCGCCAGUGUUCCCAGCAGCGCCUUCUCAGUUUUUCUGCCCCUGGUUGUUCAGGGGUUGGGAUACGAGUCUAUUCUUGCAAACUUGAUGACGGUUCCUCCCUUUGUCUGCGGCGCUCUUGGCCUCUACAUCUUUGCCCUCAGCUCCGAUCAUCACAAGGAGCGAGGUUAUCACAUUCUGGGUGGUUUACUACUCGGAAUUAUUGGCCUUAUCCUUACUGUCACGAUCUCCUCGAGCACCGGACAGUACAUAUCACUAUGCGUACUACUCUCGGGCGUAUACAUUUCUGCUCCUCUAACCAUGGCCUGGCUCAGUGGCAACACGCCAGAGCCUGGCAAGCGGGCACUUGUACUUGGUGUUAACGGAUUCGGUAACCUUGGAGGCGUGAUCGGUGCACAAUUGUACCGACAGCGUUACAAGCCCGACUAUAAGUUUCCAUUCUACGUUACACUAGGCUUUCUGGCCAUCGCGCUGGUCGGGUAUAUAUCAUACCGAUUCAUGCUUAUAGCAGUCAACAAGCGCAAGAGGGCGAUAUUGGACACAAUGACACCUGAAGAGAUCGAGAGCGAGAGACUAAAUGAUCGUCGCUACGCAGACAAGAAGUUCACUUUCAUGUAUGGUCUGUGA